UUUUUUUCUAGUCUAUAUCAUUGUUUUGGCUUUUAGAUGUGUGAUAGUGAAAAUAACAACGUCCUGUAAAAUCUACACAAGAAAUACGUGAUAAACACCACCAAUGAUCAACUAAAUGAUGGAACCAACUUCCACUUUUUUGUUCUCCAAACUAGUCUAACAAGUUAUUUAAUUACUCCAUGAAAACAUGGCACUUUUGACCUCUCUCUCUCUCUCUCUCUCUCUCUCUUGGGAUUAUCGUGUAAACUAUAAUUUGUGAAGCUUUUUGUGCUAGUCUUUUUGCUACAAUCUCAUCUUUUCGUCUACCCUUUGGCGAUCAACGCAAUGAACCUUUCCAGCAAAACCAGCGUUCAGAGCAUUGGAGCCAUGGUUGUUGGAGACAUACAACUUUCGUCUAUACGAGGUUCAACUCUCAUAGAAUUUAUCUAAUUCAUUGCUCUAUAGUGUUGUAGCAUGGGAUGUAUCUUUUCUUUCUGAUCAACUAUGGAUAACGAGAACCAAAAGCCGAUAACUAGGAGGUUCCAGCAGUGGUUUAAGAGGAAGUACAAGAGACCUGACCCAUUUUUUCUGGGUGAAGUUUCAGAUUGGGCUGAAGAUGAAGGUGACAAUGACUUGGACGAUGUUUUUGAUAUGCCAAUGGACGAUGAUCCAUACGUAUCAAACCAUGAAUUAAGAGUCUUUGUGGGUACUUGGAAUGUUGCUGGAAGAUCUCCGGUAGGGAGUUUGGCUGUAGAUGUGGAUGAAUGGCUAAAUCUAAAAGACGCAGCUGACAUUUAUGUUCUUGGUUUUCAAGAGAUUGUUCCCUUAAUAGCUAAAAAUGUAAUUGGAGCAGAAGACCCAACAGAAGCAACAAACUGGAACCUGCUGAUUGGGAAAACUCUCGAAGACAAAUACGGGUGCCCUUGGUUAACACCUCUGUUGAAUCCAAUAACGAGCGACGAUCAUCAAUAUCCUGCAGUUUCUGACACCGAAAGAAGAUUAAGUGUUAGCAGCCAAGCUACGACUCCAAUAAGAAGUCAGCCAAGGUUCCUACAGAGUAGAUACAAGCUCAUGGCAAGCAAGAAGAUGGUUGGAGUCUUCGUAACAGUGUGGAUGAAGAGGGAAUUGCUUACGAGGUAUUGCGUGUCAAGUGUGAAAGUUUGUUCGGUGGCUUGUGGUAUCAUGGGUUAUUUGGGAAACAAAGGAUCAGUUACAGUAAGCAUGUCAAUUGAAGGAACUAGUUUUUGCUUCGUUGCUGCCCACUUGGCUUCUGGUGAGAAGAAAGGGGAUGAAGGGCGAAGGAAUUACCAAGUGUCAGAGAUUUUUAGGCGAACUUCUUUCCCUCGACUCCCUCAAGACGGCAAUAAUUUUCAUCCUCUCACCAUCUUAGGACAUGAGAUAUUCUGGUUUGGGGAUCUAAACUAUAGGCUAUGUUUGGAAGACAACUUAGCCAGGCAACUGAUAAAGAAACAAGACUGGAGUGCACUUCAAGAGUUUGAUCAGCUACGAAAGGAACUAUACGAUGGUGGAGUAUUCCAAGGUUGGAAAGAAGGAAACCUCGAGUUUGCUCCUACCUACAAGUAUUCUUCAUCAAAUUGCAAUCACUACUCGGGUGGUCUUUCAAAUAGAGCAGGAGAAAAGCAACGAACUCCAGCAUGGUGUGACAGGAUUUUGUGGUAUGGUAAAGGAGUGAAGCAACUUUCCUAUUUUCGAGGUGAGAGUAAGUUCUCAGAUCAUCGGCCUGUCUCUGCUCUUUUCUCGACACAAAUUGAAGUUGUGAAGUCAACAAAUCCAAGGGUCAUUCCUUUCCAACCAAUUAUUACCACCAUAAAUCCUCCCAACCAAACUGGGCAGGGCAAGGGUAAAGAAGAGGCCACGUCUACGUUGCUCUCAUUGAUUACGGAGGAUAUAGAAGCAUUGCCAAGUCACGAGCAAAAGCUGUAAAUCAAACAGGAGAUCGAUGUUUCAAAUGGCAUUAAACUAGUUAUAACUUGUACUCUUGAAAGCAGGCCUGUGGAGCAUAAAUUUGAAAUCUUCUCCCUUUCCCAUU